AUGGCUUCAGGUUCAAAUUCCCAAUCUCCAGAUGAAUGCCAAAACGCAUUCGAACGAGGCGUCGCCCUCUCGCUGCAUCUGUGGGAGGACAUGACGUUUGCCGUGCAGAACAACAUGGGCGGCGGCGACUCAGCCGACAAGCGCGACUGGACCGCCGGCGCCGUGGCCGAGCUGUUCCCCACCAUCCCCGACGUCGUCAAGUUCAACAACGCCCAGGUCUCGUCCUCGGCGCCCGCCAAGUCACCCUUCCCAACCCCGGACGACCUCGUCUCGGACGUUGAGGAGCGCCUGCUUGACAUCAUGAUGGAGGAGUUCGAGACGGCAGUGCAGGACGACACGGCGUACGACGUGGCGGAGCAGAUCGUGCAGCUGUGGACGCAGUGCUGCAAGGGUUCGGUCGCAGAGGUGGACAAGCUCGCCGAGAGGUGGCAGGCCAAAAAGGACAAGGCUGUCGUGUUCAAGAAGGUUGAGGAUGCCGACCAGGACACGGAUUGGGAUGAUACGGAUGGAGACGACGAUGACGAUGACGAUGAGGACGAAGCACCUGCACUCGUGGAGAAGCGGGAGAAACCGCCCCCAGAAGUCGAUGAGGAUGGUUUCACCAAGGUCACAAGGAAAAAGUGA